UUUAUAAGGACAUUGAACAACACCGGGCCCAGGACCAAGCCCUGCGGCACUCUACUCGAGACCUCCCUCCGCGUGGACGCAGCGCCAUUGACACAGAGCAUGUAGCUUCCCGGCCUCUCCCUCCAGCCUCCCAACAGGGCCCGGCGGCGCUGCUGCCCCCAUGUCCGGCUCUCUGAGCAAGAGGAUCGACUUGGCCAACGACAACAGCCGCCUGGGCAUGAGCCUGGCCCUGGCGGUGCCCGCGGGAGAGGGCCUGCCCCACAAGGGGCACUGCGGCUAUGCCUGCUCCGAGCUGCACGGAGUCGUCCUGGGCCUGGGCCUGGGCCUGCCGCCCUCCGCCGAGGAGCCGGCUAGCAACACCAAGUGGGUGAAGGACGGGCAGAACCAGCUGCGCCAGGCGGCGGAGAGGGGCCGCGACCAGAACCGCAAUGAACUGAGCCUCCCCCCCAGCAAGGAGCUGAGCACCCUCCUCAUCCCCCUGCCCGGCGAGGGAGACAGGGAUGGAGAAGAAGAAGAAGAAGAGGAGGAGGAGGAGGAGGAAGAGGAGGAGGAAGAGGAGGAGGAAGAGGAGGAGGAGGAGGACUCCACCCCGAUCCAGAGCGAGCCAGUCACGGAGUCGGAGCAGAGCUCCGAGCGGGUGCUGCCCCGGGGAGGGGACCAAGCCCGCAGCGCCAGCCUCCUCUUUGGGAUGCGCAACAGCACGGCCAGCGACGAGGACGCCAGCUGGACCACCCUCAGCCAGGGCAGCCCCACCGGCAGCUCCCCGGACGAAGCCGACUCCUUCUGGCUGCGCAACUCGCUGGAGACGGACUCUGACCUCCCGGCGGGAUGGAUGCGGGUGCAGGACACCUCUGGCACCUACUACUGGCACAUCCCGACGGGCACCACCCAGUGGGAACCCCCCCUGGGGAGCGGGAGCAGCGACUCUUCGGGAAACACCCCCUCCAGGGAAACGCAGCUUACCUGGAUGGAUUUUGGGGAGGCUGAACACUCGGACGAGCCCCAUUACUGGAAGGAUGCCCCAUCAGAAGAGGUGACCCCGGAGCCCCAGCGGGACCAAAGCCAGUCCUCCUCAUGCCUGGGAUCGCCCAGCGCCAGUUCUUCCCUGGGUGAGGAUGGUGACGCCGUGGCCGCAUCCCUGGGCCUCAGCCAAGGCUCCAAGUGUUUCUCGGUCCGUUCUCUGGGCUGGGUGGAGAUGUCCGAGGAGGAGCUGACCCUGGGGAGGAGCAGCGUGGCCGUCAACAGCUGCAUACGGCAGCUCUCGGCUCAGAACCCGGACCUGACGGGCUCCUGGGCCAAGGGCAAAGCGAUGCUGCUGGUCCUGGAGAAGGAGACCCUGAAGCUCCUGGAGCCGGAGGGGCAGAGCGUCCUGCACAGCCAGCCCAUCGGCGACAUCCGCGUCUGGGGCGUCGGGAGGGACAGCGGGAGGGAGAGGGAUUUUGCCUACGUGGCGCGUGACCAGCUGGCCCAGAUGCUGAAGUGCCACGUCUUCCAGUGCGAUGCCCCCGCAAAGAGCAUCGCCACAGGGCUCCACGAGAUCUGCUCCAAGGUGAGGCCCGGCCCCUCCCCACCUCCGGCCCCUCCCCCUCCCAGCGCCUGGCACCAGUCGGCCUGGCCGGCCCUCAAGGGGCAGCUGCUCUGUGCCACUAAGAGAGCUGUCCCCCCCCCUCACGUGGACCCGGCGGUGACCCCGGCUGUGAUGGGCUCCCCAGGGAUGGACGUCAUCAACACCGCCCUCGAGAAGGCUCUGGCCGCUGGCUGCAGAGAGGAGUGGACGCCCAGCCAGGUCAACGUGGCGCCCGCCACCAUCACCCUCCUACACCAGCAGACAGAGGCCGUGCUGUGUGAGUGCCGAGUGCGGUUCCUCUCCUUCAUGGGCAUCGGGAAGGACGUCCGGUCGUUUGCUUUCAUCAUGGCCGCCGCCCCGGGGAACUUCCUCUGCCACAUGGUGUGGUGCGAGCCCAACGCGGCCGGCCUGAGCGAGGCCCUGCAGGCCGCCUGCAUGCUUCGGUACCAGAAGUGCUUGGAUGCGCGGCCCCAGACUACCAGCUCCUGUCUCCCGGCACCCCCAGCGGAUUCCGUGGCUCGGCGCGUGGGCUCCACAGUCCGGAAGGGCGUCCAGACCUUGCUGGGGACCCUGAAACCCAAGCGCCAGGGGGCUCAGACGCCCUGAACACCCAGAGGCCGAGCUAGAUCUCCCCCGCCCCCCCGGUUGAGGCCAGCACAGCCGGGUCGGCCUGGCACCUCCCCCCACCCACCCCCUCCAGGUGAAAGUGUGUAUUUAUGAGGUGUGUGUGUGUCUGCGCAAGUGAGAAGCGUCCAUGCUGCCUGCUGUGAACGGCUGCCUCACCCCCCUCUCCCCAGCAACGCCCAGGGCAUCCGUGCCACCCCUCCCGGGGCGCCCGUCCGUACCCUGCUGGGCCCAAUCCCCACCCCUGCCGCCGGCGCCUGAAUGACCGUGAGCACCGGGGAGCCGGAGGAGCGAGACGUCGCCUUCCCUGGGUGCCGAACACUGAUGGGGCCUGGGGGGGGGGGGGGGCUGCCACUUCUGCUAUAACAAGAGAUCUUGGUGUUGUACUGCAGUCAUGAAUAAACUCAGUU